UUGGGCGAAAUCGUAACGGGCAGUACUAUAUUAACUGUAUUACUGUAUAAAAAAAUACUGUACAUCAAGAGCAGUACUAGUUUCAUAGAAUAUUUGUUUUCUCCUAAUUGUCGCCACAUCGGCAGUUUUAAAGAAUAUUCAAGCGACAGAGCCAAGAGACAGUUCCAUUUAAAUACUGACUUAACGGUACUGUUGUUAGUGUCAAUAUUAUGUAGUUAAAGUUAUUCUUCCACUUAACGGGAUCGCUAGGAAUAUAAGCUAAAUCAAAGUGUGUCAAGGGCGUUACCCGGAGCUGAGGUAGAAGCGCGGACACGCCCUCGCGGUCCCUUACGCGGCGAGAAAUGGGGCUGGUGCCGUCGUCGGAGGAGAAGGAGGAGUUCCGGAAGGCCGUGGGGGCCCACAUUUACGAGGCCAUGCUGCAGAGCGGGGCGCUGCCGGACGUGGGCAUCGAGCGCCACCUGCUGGACAGCCCGGGACUGCGGCCGGGGCCCGCCGCGCGCGACUGCUUCCGGGAGCUCAGGAAGCACGUGGACGUCAGAGGCCCCGCCUACCUGAAGGAGCUGAUGGGCAAACUGGCCGCCUUCACCGAGGAGCCGCGGCUGACCGGCCUGCUCACCCUGCUGGUCUCCAUGGCGAUAGAGACGGCGUACGCGUCGCGGAGGGGGGGCCCCCCGCAGGGGGCGGUGCCCGAGGAGCGGCUGGCCCAGCUGCGGGACCUGACCGAGGAGUACCUGAAGCGCCACGGGAUGCACCUGGACGACGAGCGGAAGCUGCGGGAGGACACGGAGCGGCUGGAGGGCCAGGUCAGCCUGCUGCUCACCCAGAUCAAGAACGCGGCGCUGGCGGACGGCCUCGUCAACUCCAGAACCCUCAAGCACUGGGUCAACGGCGCCGCCUUCCACGUACAGAUGCUGAUCCACCUGGCGCGUCUGGGCCAGCAGAGUGACGGACCCGCCCGAGCCGCCAUCGCCGCGUACCGGGAGGACCUGCGGGAGCUGCUGCUCGCGUACAGGAAGUACAAAUCCGCCACCGUGCGCGUGUGCAAGCGCAGCGAGCUGCGAUUGGCCGAGGAGGACGGCGGCCCCGAACACUCGCUCGCCGGGUACAGCGUCCACGACCGCGAGGUGGGCGGGGCCACGGACGUGCCGCUGCCCGAGGACACGCCCCCGGCCUGCCAGCACCUGGACGCCGCCUUCUGCGCCGAGGCCUACCUGGACCACCUGUUCGCCAACUACCCGCAGAUCACCGACGCGGAGGCCUACUUCUCCCACACGCUCAGCAGCCUGCCUGCGCUCAUACCUCAGACAGGACUCCCCCAGUCCCCCGCCAGUGAGGCAUUAAAACCAGGAUCCCAGCCUUAACCUAAUGGAAUAUACCGCACAAUACUGUACAUAUGUGGAAGAUAUGAUUCAUAUGUUUAGCCGAAAUAUACUUUUAAGUACUGUAUUCUGCAAUAUAAAAAAAGAGGCGAUUUGCACAUUUGUCAAUGUAUUGUGAAGUUUUGCAAUAUCUGAAUUAGUUUUAAUAAAUUGUACUUAAAUAUG